AGCUCACUUCCCUUCCAACAUCCAUCUCGUACACGUCCAGAACCAGAACAGCACGCACGUCCAGCUGCUGACUACUCUAACAGUGGACACGAGUCCCGCCCGCCGGCAUGGCGAACCACCUGGCCGCCGGCCUGUUCGGCCUCCUCCUAGCUGUCGCGGUGCUGUGCUUGCUUAUUGGCUCCAACACGGCACGAGCCCAGGUCCUGUUCCAGGGGUUCAACUGGGAGUCUUGCAAGAAGCAAGGCGGCUGGUACAAGUUUCUCCAGGCGCAGGUGGACGACAUCGCCGGCGCCGGCGCCACCCACGUCUGGCUGCCGCCGCCAUCGCACUCCGUCGCGCCACAGGGCUACAUGCCGGGGCGGCUCUACGACCUGAACGCGUCCAGGUACGGCACGGAGGCGGAGCUGCGGUCGCUGAUCGCCGCGUUCAGGGGCAAGGGCGUGGAGGCCGUGGCGGACAUCGUCAUCAACCACCGGUGCGCCGACAAGAAGGACGGCCGCGGCGUGUACUGCAUCUUCGAGGGCGGCGGCGGCGACGACGGCGGAACGGGGACGGGGCGGCUCAACUGGGACGCCGACAUGAUCUGCGGCGACGACACGGAGUUCUCCAACGGGCGCGGCAACCGCGACACGGGCAAGGACUUCGGCGCGGCGCCGGACAUCGACCACCUGAACCCGCGCGUGCAGCGGGAGCUCUCGGACUGGCUCUGCUGGCUCAGCGCCGACGUCGGGUUCACCGGCGGCUGGCGCCUCGACUUCGCCAAGGGCUACUCCGCGGCCGUCGCCAAGGCGUACGUCGACAGGACGCGGCCGAGCUUCGUGGUCGCGGAGAUAUGGAGCUCCCUCAGCUACGACGGCGACGGCAAGCCGAAGCACAACCAGGACGGGGACCGGCAGGAGCUGGUGGACUGGGUGAACGCCGUGGGCGGCCCCGCCGCCGCGUUCGACUUCACCACCAAGGGCGUGCUGCAGGCGGCCGUGCAGGGGGAGCUGUGGCGGAUGCGGGACGGCAAUGGCAAGGCGCCCGGCAUGAUCGGCUGGCUGCCGGAGAAGGCCGUCACGUUCGUCGACAACCACGACACGGGCUCCACGCAGAACUCGUGGCCGUUCCCGCGUGACAAGGUCAUGCAGGGCUACGCCUACAUCCUCACCCACCCAGGGAUCCCAUCCAUCUUCUACGACCACGUGUUCGAGUGGAACCUAAAGCAGGAGAUCAGCACGCUGGCGGCGAUCAGGAAGAGAAACGGGAUCCAUCCGGGGAGCAAGCUAAGCAUCGUAAAAGCAGAAGGCGAUGUCUACGUCGCCAUGAUCGACGACAAGGUGAUCACCAAGAUCGGGACGAGGUACGACGUCGGCAGCGUGAUCCCGUCGGGUUUCAGUGUCGCCGCGCAUGGCGACGGCUACUGCAUUUGGGAGAAGAGAGACUACCACUACCACUAGAGACGAGUGGGUUUGGCAAGUUACUUUGCGGCCGUCCCACGAGUCUUGUUAACGCCGAAUGUGGCAGGUUACUGAGCUGCAUGUAACAACACGCUAGUGCUAAUAAAGCCUAAAGGGGAAAGCCCUGAUCUAGCCUUUGUGCGUGCAACUUGUUUGUCUGUCUGGAACAAAAUUUAGCCUUUUAAAAGGUGGAAAUGGU